ACUUAUAGCAAUCUUUCUUUAUUUGGGUUUGAGAUUUACUAUAUUUUGCUAAACUCACAUGGGCGGAAUUAAAUCAAUUACCAAAUAAUACAUGUUAAAAUUUAUUGUCCUCGCAUUGCACACAUUCAUUCUUGUUCGUAGGCAUGUAAUGCAUUCAUACUCAUUAAAAAGGCAUGUUACAAACUAACAAGCGAAAAUGCAGCAAACGUGGACACCUUUCCAGUAUUAAUGGAUCAUUCCUCACUUCUUCUCCUUUUUAUCUCUAAUUGAAACUAUGAAACAAAACCUUGUUAUUUUGCCUUUGCAAUGAAGGUGGUGGUGGAGAUUUUGACAGGAGGUCUCUUCUACAUUCAAGUGGGUAAUGAUGCUACAGUUGCCGAUCUCAAGCGAGAGAUCGGUGACCAACAAAAGCUACCUCAGGAUCGUCUCAUCCUCUUCCUCGACAACCAUCAAAAUCGCCUGAUAAAUGAAGAUGGAGAUGGAGCAUCUCUAGUUGAUUGUGGAGUUCAUGAAGGAUCUCAUAUCUACCUCUUCUUCAAUCCACUUGAAGAUGGAUCUACCCAUCAUUUUUUGUUCACUUUGCCUGAUUCUUUCCUUGGGGAGGCCUGACUUGCUUAGUUUUCUGGCAUUUUUUUUUUCUUGCUAAAAGUUAAAGGAGGAAAAGCUCCCCAGCAUCACUAACCUCGCUGAGAGGAGUUUGCAGAUUGUCUACCAAGAAAAGCGGUUUGGUAAAUUUUCUGGCAAAAUUUAGCAUAGAUCAUUGUUGUAUGGCUUUGGAUUAGAGUUUACUUUUAUUUGGUAGAACAUGGUGCUAGGUUUUGUAGAGAGAGCCUGAUACAGGCUUUGUUCAUGUUCAUCAUGUUUUGUGUUAAUUACUGAUGACAGAAAUAUAUCUUGGAAAAUAAUUUUAACAAGAUUAAGAAUAAUAAAAAUUAAUAAAUAUUUUUUUUGUUUAUGAUA